AUGGAUUUGGUUCGUUGGUUAGUCGAAGAACAUUCAGCCAAUCUAGAUAUUGUCGAUAUUAAUUCAAAUUCCGCUUUGCAUCUCGCUGCCUAUGGUGGACAUGAUUCAGUUGUUAAAUAUCUUCUUGAUCGAGGUGCUAAUCCACUUUUACUUAAUAAAUGGUGUAUGAAAGCUGAAGAAGAAGGUUCUUUUCAUGAAAACAAGAUUAAGGAUAUAUUUGAAUCGAUGCGCAAACGUGAUAUGUUUGAAAUGGCUGCUGAUGGUAUCGAUUGGUGGUUUGAAUAUUAUUUUGGUGAUAAAUCACCAGAUACAGUUAAUGAUGAUGGCACAAAUAUACUUUAUGUUGCAUGCCGUUAUGGUCGAACAUUGAUUGCAGAAUGGCUCUUAAAAAAAGGAGCUGAUAUUAAUAAAAAACUUUUAACUAAAUCGGAAAGUACAUCAUUACAUGCUGCUGUCUAUUAUGGACAGAUUUCAACAGUUGACUUAUUAUUAUCACAUGGAGCUGACAUAAAUAUAAAAAAUAAGUAUGGUUCGUUUGCAUUUGAUGAUGCGCGUACGGAUGAUAUGAAACGACAUUUAGAACAAUAUCGAACUAAUUUGAAAGAAAAUAAACUACUUGCUGUACAUUUGUAUGGCGAUGGUGCUAAAUCUGGUAAAGAACCAUUAGCAAAACUACAAAUACAUUGCAAUGCUACAUAUAACGAUCUUGUAAAAGCGAUACCUGAUUCAAUGCGACCUAACUUUUCAUGUUUUUCUAUAGCUCGACGUCCAUUAAAUUUUGAUGAUGACAACACAACAGUUCUAUCAGCUGUAUAUCGUGCUCGAUAUGGAACAUCGAGAUUUGUUCAAUUACCAAUAUGUAUAACAGCACAUGAAAGAGCACGUUAUAUGAAAGCUGGUCAUGUUCUUCGUGAUGAACUUCCUGUUAGCGAUGCAAAUGAAUUUCAGCCAAACUGUCCAAAAUUAACAAUGAAGAUCUGUCCAUCAGAUGAAAAGCAAACGUUUACUAUUAAAAAUUUGUCGUUUACUUUUCCGAAUAAUUGUGUGGAUCAAGAUGUUAUAAUUGAUGUUGAAUAUAUAUUGCCACCAGAUAUUGAUAAUAUCAGUUUGCCUGGAUGUGCUUGUCUUUUUCAAACAAGAUAUGGUAACAGAUAUAAGUUAAAAGAUAUGCCAACAGUAUCACUUGCUGGUGAACCAAAUGCUCGACUAUAUAAUUUGGCACCAUUAUCAUCUUAUUGGUUUUCUUAUAGGACAGGACAUACUCGUCUAAUUUCGAUAGGUGAAACAAUACAUGCUUUUAUUCGUCAUGAGAAUAUUAUUCCUUCUCAAUUAACUCUUAUGCCAGAUAUGUUUAUUCCGGCUGCUGUUGGAAAACUAUUUCACAGUCGUGAUAAACCUGUUUCUUGUUACUGUUUAAAAAUUUGUGAACACAAUAAAGAUGUCUUUCCUCAUAUUGCUUAUCAUGGAACAAAUAUAAAAGCUAUAGAAUCAAUUCUUAUGGAUGGACUCGUUAUGCCAAGUACGGUAGUUUCCAAUGGAUUACGUAUUUGUCCACCAAGUAAUCAUAUUGCUCGAGGACUGCAGGCUUAUGGUGUGGAAGAUUUUUCAAAUGGAAUAUUUAUUACACCAAGUAUACACUAUUGUUCAGAUCCAGCAUAUGCAGUCACAUUUACACAUGAUGAUGAAAGACUUAUAGCCGUGUUGGAAUGUACUGUAAAGAAAGAUUCAUUCACGACUUAUAAAAGCACUGUACCGACGUAUGUUGCUCGUGAAGGUGAUGAUAUCAACGCAAUAGAAUGGCGUUUGACAAAUACAGCAGAUAUUCAAAUUAUAUCUGUACUUUUGAUUCCAGUGGUAACAUCAAAAACGGAAGAAGCGAAAUUAAGAGCUAAGAAACUAAGUGUUAAUCCAGAUAGUCUUAAAUAA